UGAACUAGCCUCUUCGGUUCAAUGGUAGUGACUAACUCAUAAAAACCGAUAACAGACUCUACUGGGAACAAUCCGUGGCCGAAAACAGAAUUGCUCUGAACUAUGGCUCUUAGACUAAUCAACAGUGCUCUGCGCCGCCAGCUGGCCGCCCAGUUGCCACACAACGCCCAGGUGGGCAGCGUUGCCUCAGUUCACACUCUGGACAAGAUCGGCAAGCGCGAGAUUGUCGGCUUUGGCUGGAACGGCACAGCAUGCUAUGCGGAUCGUGCCGAUUACCCGAUGCCCGCUGUGCGUUUCCGCGAGGCCAACAAUGAAAUCACCGCGCUGCGCACGAAGGAGCAGGGCGACUGGAAGAAGCUGAGCCCACAGGAGAUCAAGGCUUUGUACCGUGCCAGCUUCUGCCAGACGAUCGCUGAGGUCCAAGCUGGCACUGGCGAGUGGAAAAUGCACCUGGGCGUUGGCCUGAUCUUUACCGCCGCCGCCAUCUGGAUCGCCGUGCUGAUGAAUCUGUUCGUGUACGAUGAACUACCCGUCACUUUCGAUGAGGAGCACCAGAAGGCGCAAUUGAAGCGCAUGAUCGACUUGGAGAUAAACCCCGUCACCGGCCUAUCCUCCAAGUGGGACUACGAGAACAACAAGUGGAAGAACUAAAUGCAAACAAUUCCAACUUAAAAGUAAUUAAGCAUAAAGUCAGGGGCGCUAUGUAUUUUUAAGCGGCCAGAA